CUGUCCGUACCCUCCUAUCCCUCGUACUCGCACUCUCAGCAGCAACCAGCAAUCAGUUUGCCGCGGGCUUUCUUACCGUACACUUCUCAUUUUUUAUCUCUUCUUCUUUUCCGCUCAAACUUUGCCGAAAUUAAAAUUUUUUUUGCCAGCUUUUAAUAUUGUAAACACACCCAUGGCUCCCAAGGAUUUAUUUAAGUGGUUCAAGUGCGAGUGUUAAAUAUAAAUAUUAAAUAAAAAUAUAAAUAAAUAACUUAUAAAUAUGAAGUAUAUAUUUCUUCCUAAAUCCAUAAAUAUCUGAUCUUUCGUGGGAAGUUAAAACGUGACUGGAUGCCCCGAGUGAUCUGGAGGUGAACGAUGAGACGGGAGUGCUGACGACUCUGCUACUGGAUUUAAGUUGAGUCUUAGCUUCCAAGUGUUCUGCUCAUCUCUUCUCAUAUAAAUAUAUAAAGAAGAAGAGAAGAAAAGCAUAUAUAAUACUCGCUAACAAAAUAAGGAAGGUAUGGCGCCUCCAGACAGGAUGAGAAGGUGCUCGCCUCCGCGGCCUGGAUCCGGUCUUAGUCAUUCGGUUCUUGAUCUGGCCCAGAUCCGCGCCCUGGUGGAGUCAACAGGAAUGCUGGCUGGCUCGACUUGUCCCUCCUGCGAGAUGCCAUUUGAUAAAGGCAAAAAACGCCGGCUGAUUGAUUCCUGCGGGCAUGAAAGGUGCUACUCCUGUCUUUUCCGAAGCGAGGCCUGUCCCAUUUGCCGGCACGAUGCUCCAGAUCGUCAAAUUCGAGAAGAUGUCUCUCAUUACGACACCGGGUUCAGCUCCUCCGAGCCGGUAUCCAUGAUCGCGAUCGACGACUGGAAUGACAACGAGGAUCCCUCGGCGGUUAAUUCCCUUUGCAGCAGUCCACUUCCAAAGUCGAAAUUUUCGCGAUCAAACAUCGUGUACCGUUCACACGGCCAAGACGUCGGGAAAGGUCUUAAGAGCAAGCCACCAGUUCUGCCGGAGUCGGUCACGUCAAGGCACAAAUCACAUAUGGCAGCAAAUCCGUCAGGCUGUCCAACGCCACUGAACCAGCGACGGAGGUUCUUUCUCAAUCCUAAAGGUCUUCGCAGUCCGUUUGCAUCACAGAGAGCCAAAAAAUGUAGCCCCGUUGAUGUUGAAAAUCCAUCAGCGCUGUCAGCUUGGAUGACAAAUUCCUGGGAAGGAACAUCAAAAUGGCCGGGAGUCGUGCUCGGGAAGAUAAAAUCACUUUGGAGCACGAGCCAGGGGACUGCCAAUGAUGGAUUGAACCAGCUUAUUGAUCCUCCAACCAAAGAUGACAGGCUUAAUCAAAACGACAGGCUGACAAGACUCGUGACCCCCACUAGAAAUGUCACCGACAUUACAGGCAGCCAGCAAUUUCCAUCCAAUCGUGGAACAACAGAUGAUGAAGGAGGAAAUGUAAAGCCUCUGUCGACAAAAACCCGGAAAUCCUCGCAGUCCGACCUCUACAUGCGACUGGGUCUACUUCUAGGCUCGAACAAUUUGCGAACAAACUCUUCUGUCGAUACGACAGAUUUUCCUGGAACAAAUCGUCCUCCUUCGGCAUCAGCAUGCGUGAGACCGACGACCCGUUUGGAGCCGCGGGGUCAUGACACCUCGUUUAGCAGCCUGACUAGCUUCGACCAGCAGACGAUGGCGUCAACGAAUACCAGCCCGGUGUCGACUCUAACCGGAACCUCCAGCGAGGCGGAAGUGGCCGCCGCGUUGAGGACUUCGAGCUCUAAAACCAAAGGAAAGUCCAAAAUAAAAGGAAAACGUGACUGUGAUUCAGCAGGAAGCUUAGCCUCGAUAUCGACCUCCAUUUCAGCAUCAACCUCCAUGUCAAUGUCGAUGUCAGUUUCGGUGUCUGGACUUUCUAAUGGCAGUAGUUCGAGUCCCCUGACGUCGCGCCGUCACUCAAAUGUUGCCCAUCAAGAGCCAGAUGACAACACAGCUCUGAAUAAGCGUCGUUCUUGCGCAAGGCGAAGCGCCCGUAAUGGAAAUGUUAAACCAAUCGAUUCAAAAUUACGAUUUGUAACUCCUCACUUGACAGCUCAACUCACCCUCAAGCCUUUGUUCUUCGAAGUACCGUUGAUCGAAAGGGAUCCUUUGUUCACUGGAAGAAAUUGGCUGCUCAAAGAAUUGGAGACCGUUGUUAAAGGCUCUAGUCCCGGAGUUUUGGUGACCGGUUCGCCGGGAACCGGUAAGACGGCUUUGAUUCUUCAGCUCGUUGAGUACAGCUGCUUUGGUCGACGAAGAGAGCAAUCUCUAAGCUCAGAAAUAGCUGAAUGUGACGAAGAUCUACCGGAUAAGCAGAUACCAAUCGCCGGGUUUGAGCAGAGCAUCAAGAAUACUAAUGAUAAGAUCCGACAAUUAGCUACCCACGUGGUUGCUUAUCACUUCUGUCAGGCGGACAAUAAUAGUACGUGCCUUGUACCAGAUCUCAUUCACUCCCUAGCUGCGCAAUUGUGCCAAGCACCCCAAUUGAUUGCCUACCGCGAGUAUUUGCUUUCCGAGCCCCAUCUUCAGGGGUCUCUUUCGCAACGAGAAUGCACCGUUGAUCCGGAUUUAGCCUUGUCGCGUGGCAUCAUUGAACCAAUGUUGAGUCUCCGAAAGUCUGGAAGACUGCCAGAAGUCAAUAUGGUGAUCCUGAUUGACGCUAUCUGUGAGGCCGAGUACCAUCGCCCUGAUCGGGGUGAUACGAUAGCUUCAUUCUUGACAAGACAUGCUCCAAACUUUCCCAGCUGGUUAAAAAUCGUCUGCACUGUAAGGACUCAACUGCGUGAAUGCGCGAAACAGUUCUCUUACACGAGGCUCACCUUGGAUAAGAACGCAAAUGACCCGGCCAGCAGCAAUGUAUCGCGAGAUUUGGCGGAUUACAUAAACUACAGAUGCAUACAGAGUCCUGCAAUACAGGCGAACGUCACUGCUUCCAUUAAUGGAAAGGAGUCCUCCUGCGGCGCCAAUCAGACGCGAUUCGCUUCACAUUUACUGUCGUUAGCCGGCGGAAGUUUUCUCUUCGCCAAACUCACGCUUGAUCUCAUUGAAAGUGGCCAUCUCGUCGCUAAAUCCGCUGGCUACAAGGUUCUUCCAGUAUCGCUGGCCCAAAUCUUUCAGCUACAUUUCAAUCUUCGUUUUCCUACUGCUACAUCCUUCGAGAAGAUCCAACCACUUUUGGGCGUUUGUUUGGCUGCACUCUACCCGCUAACCUUACCAGAGAUUUUCUACUCUGUUAAUUCUCUGUACACUGACCAGUUUGUUUCGUGGGAGGAUUUUCUGCAGAGGUUCAAAAUGCUUUCUGGAUUCCUCGUAAAACGGCUGGAUGACACGUACAUGUUCUUCCACCCAAGUUUCAGGGAAUGGUUGAUCAGGCGUGAUGAUGGCGAGUCAACAAAAUUUCUCUGUGACCUCCGACUGGGUCACAGCGCAAUAGCAUUCCGUCUGUCUCGUCUGGAGGCUCCGUUGGAUGGGGACCGGGUCCUGGAACUGGGCCAUCAUGUUCUGAAAGCUCACGUUUACCGAGGCGUAACAUCAAGCUGGCCAUCGCGUGAUCUUCAAGCCUGGUGGAUCACAUCUUCAACAACCUGCGUUUCAUCAGCAUUGUGUACUCUCCGAAAUAUUUAUAGUCCCAACGUAAAAGUAUCAAGACUGCUCCUGCUGGCAGGAGCAUCUCCGAAUCACAUCACCGAGUACUUGGGGAAUGCUCCAGUGCUUUGUAUGUAUGCCCACGAGGGUUCCGUGGAAAUGGUCUCGCUUUUGCUGGAGUUUGGCGCGGAUGUUGAGCUGACAAACAGUCAAGGUUGCACGGCCUUGUCUUUAGCAGCAUCGAGAGGUCACUGUGAUGUUGUCAGGCGAUUAGCAGCAGCUGGAGCUUCACUGGGACACGCUGAUAUGGCGGGACAAUGUCCGCUGGUCCACGCAGCUCGCCAAGGAAGGCUUUCAGUGGUUGGAUAUCUUCUGGCUUGUGACUGGGUGCUUCAUCAAGAUCCUGAGGACACGUCCUCUGACACUUCUCGUGAAGAAGCUGCUCAGCAGGCAGUAGUCGCUGCAGCUUCUCAAGGUCAUGAAGCGAUAGUGGAAUAUCUUCUGGACAUGGCAGAGGUGACUGUUGAUCGUCCAGACACCUUGAUCGGCGAGACUGCUCUGACCAUAGCCGCAGCUCAUGGAUCCACUGCUACAGUAUCAGCUUUACUAGCUCGUGGCGCCAGUCCCCUAGCGACCAACGCCAAAGGACUGUCUCCACUGAUGCUAGCAGCUCGAGAAGGACACUGGGGAACUGCUGAAAGACUUCUCCAAUCCUCAGUCUCCACUUCAACGGAGCCGAAUCUUGACGAGGCGGCAGCUCUGCUGGAACAGAGAGACUCAAUGGGCCGCACUCCGCUGAUGAUGGCUGCUUGCGAAGGACACACCAAUCUCAUAGACAUGUUCCUCGAAAAAGGCUCCAUUUUGGAAGCCACUGACAAGGAAGGCUUGACUGCUCUAGGAUGGGCCUGUGUUAGAGGUCGAGUAGCUGCCGCUCAAAACCUUAUUGACCAUGGAGCUGACAUUAGUGCUAAUGACAAAACUGGUAGAACUCCUUUAGAUUUAGCGGCUUUUCAAGGAAAUCCAAAGUUGGUCCAAUUGCUCUUAGAGCGAGGAGCGGCCAUUGAGCAUGUUGAUCUCCAUGGAAUGAGGCCACUGGAUCGUGCCAUUGGCUGCAGGAAUAUUCCAGUAGUUCAGUGUUUUUUGAGGAGGGGAGCCAAACUUGGUCCCGCCACCUGGGCCAUGGCUCAGGGCAAGCCUGAUGUUCUCCUUAUUCUUCUGAACAAACUUUUGGAAGACGGCAAUGUCCUCUACCGCAAAGGAAGGCUAAAAGAAGCUUCCCACAGGUACGCGUAUGCACUAAGAAAGUUCCCUGGCUCUCCAGAGCUGCUACACGAUGCCCAGAAUCAGGAGCAUGGAAAUGUUGUACUUCAUCGACAGUCUUUUAACCAACUCAAGCUCAACUUUUUGCUUAACCUAAGCAGAUGCAAGCGCAAAAUGAAUGAAUGCGAAGAAGCAAUCGAGCUAGCAGAUGAAGCUCUAAACACUAGGCCUUCUUCCUACGAAGCGUUCUACGCUAGAGCAAAGGCUAAGGUCGAUGUAGGUCAGCUAGAGAACGCUCUUACUGACGUCCAGGAAGCUCUGCAGAUCGCGCCGAUCAAUAACCGACAAGAUCGUCGCGUGCUCUGCGCUCUCAAAGAUGAAAUUGUAUCCCGCAUAGAGGGCACUGGGAUCGGGUGCAGUAAAACUGUCGCGGAUAUCACGAGGUCGCGAUUCCGCGCGUCCGUUGACACUUUGACGGAAUUAUAAGUAAUGAUAACAAUAAUCAUAAUAAUAAUAAUAAUAUUGAUAUGAAUAUAAACAAAUAAACUUGAGCUCUGACCGUGGCCAAGUUUUUAGUGAUCGAUAAACGCAGGAUUUAUAAACGCAUGCGUUUUGUUAUUUAAAAAAAAUUUAUUCGUUGUUGCUUCAAAUAAAUUCCAAAGCCUUUUUAUUAAAUUAAAUAAUUUAAAAUUUUUUUUUAUAAGCUGUUAUAGCUUGUUGCGGUGCAAUUGUAUCUGGUUCACUAGAUUUAAAAAAUCGAAUUUUUUUAUUUUAUAUUUAUACA